UGCUCUGAGCAACAAACUAGUCCAAGCUGCAGCGGGAGGAUCAACUUCAACUGUACAUCAAAUUUCAGAGUCUCUGUUGUUUGACAAUGAAACCAUGGCUUUGCAACCUUCAAAGUUGGGACUUGAAGAAUCAGUAGCAUCACUGAAGCAGCAGGAGCCACCUCCAGUUGACAAAACAGAGACUGCUCUGAGCAACAAAAUAGUCCAAGCUGCAGCUGAAGGAUCAAUUACAAUUUCACAACAAAUUUCAGAGUCCCUAUUGCUUGUCAAUGAAAUCAAGCCUCCGCCACUUCCAAAGUUGGGUCUUGAAGAAUCAGUAGCAUCACUGAAGCAGCAGGAGCGACCUCCAGUUGACAAAAUGGAGACUCCUCUGAGCAACACACUAGUGCAAGCUUCAGCUGGAGGGUCAACUAUGACUUCACAACAAAUUUCAGAGUCUCUAUUGCUUGACAUUGAAAUCAUAACUUUGCGACUUUCAAAGUUGGGACUUGAAGAAUCAGUAGCGUCACUGAAGCAGCUGGAGCCACCUCCACAGCUGCAGCAUCCUUCAUUAGUAUCUUUAAAAAGAAGGGCCAUUGGGGAGUCAUCAUAUCCCAUCAUACCUUUGAAACAGCCAAAUCAGGAUACUCAUCCUUCUCCAUUCAAAAUAACUGGAAUAUCGUCAUUAGAUACAGCUGUCAGACCUUUGAAGAAACGAUUGCUUUUGACUUGGCCAGUUGAAGAAAGCCUAGAAAAAUCCUCUUCUUUACAACCUCUGCACUGUCAUUCAUCCACAGAAGCUGAACUGGCGAGCCCUCUUAAGUUUAAUUUGACCAUGGAGGUGCCAAAAAAACGUCGGACUCCUAAAUCAACUAAUAAAUUUGAGAGGGAGGCUGCUCAUAAGAGACAGCAGAGGUUACCAAUUUCAUCUUCAUACAAGAAGCCAGUUGCAGAAAUGAUGGCCGCACCGUUGCAGCAACCGGAAGUGAAUCUAGAGAAAAAAGAAAAGAAUGCUCAAAUGCUGGAUAUGGUGUUUCAUUCUGCAGAAAUGGAAGAGAACGAAAAGACUAUGUUACUUUCCAUUUCAUCUUUGGCAAAAAGGUUUGAUGGGAAUAAGGGUAUGAGGACUGCUGCAAUGCAAAUGAUGAGUGGUUCUGCACCAAAAGAAGGCAAUGCUGUGGUGGGGAAGAGCGUUGAGGAAAUGCAUGUGAAAAUGCCAGUUUUGCAAAAAGAUGAGAAGCAACCAGUAUCCAGAAAGGGCAAAGAGAAAGUAGUGGCAGAGAGCAUUGAAGAGUUGCAUGUAAAAAUGCCAGUGCUGGAAGAAGAUGAGAAUCAGCCAUUAUCCAGGAAGGGCAAAGAGAAAGUAGUGGCAAAGAGCAUUGAGGAGAUAGAUGUGUUUGAGGAAAAUGAUGAUCCACCAUUCAUUAUUGCUGGUGAUGUUCAUCAACCGAAACUAAAGGUCUAUAAUUUGAGGAAAAGAAAGCCUAAUCAAAUUCCAAGGGCCGCUAAUCCAACUGAUGUUGAAACGGCAGUAACCAAGGUGACAGCAGAGAUGAAGGAGAAACCAAAGAGAUUGAGGAAUAAGAAAAAGAGAAAAGAGGAGGUGCCAAAGUUUACAGCUAGAUUUGUUUUCCCUCUUACUGCAAAAGAAAUUGCAGAGGACUUGCUUUCUAUGACUGCAACCAAGCCUUCAAGGCAGAAAAUAAGGAGACCAGCAGAGCUUCAGAAAGAAAUUGAUAAAUUGUGUCCUACAAAGGUGAAGUUCAAAAUAAGCCCAGAUGACUAUUAAGUCUCUAUAAAUACUGGAAAGGGUUGGUAAGAUCAUAAAGGUGCUUGGUCUUCCCUCAAGUGCUUUACCAAAGGUUGACGGAUUUCUGGUGCUAAAGGUCUGAUGAUGCCCUAGUUAGCUAUAGCAUAUAGAAUGAAAGUGAAAUCUGGAUCUUUCUCCUGGUGUUUUAUUUACUUUCUGGCUGAACUUAGUGAAUUGUUGAAAUAAGUUUUUAUCGUGCAAACUUUCAGAGUUUUAAAGUUUGAAUACAAGUUUAACUUUGUAUUGCA